CUCCUCAUUUUGGGCUUGACUGCCCACGUGUGGACCCUUAACCCCGAUGACCCAAACGUCUGCAGCCACUGGGAAAGUUAUGCCGUCACUGUUCAGGAGUCUUAUGCUCAUCCGUUUGACCAGAUCUACUACACCAGGUGCACUGAUAUCCUUAACUGGUUCAAGUGCACAAGGCACAGGAUCAGCUAUAAGACAGCUUACCGGCGGGGAGUAAGGACCAUGUAUAGGCGCCGCUCACAGUGUUGUCCUGGUUACUUUGAGAGUGGAGAUUUAUGUGUCCCUCUUUGCACAGAAGAGUGCGUCCACGGCCGCUGUGUGUCCCCAGAUACCUGCCAAUGUGAGCCAGGAUGGGGUGGGCUGGACUGCUCCAGUGGUUGCGAGAGCGACUUCUGGGGACCUCAUUGCAGCAAUCGGUGCCAAUGCCAAAAUGAGGCCAAGUGCAACCCCAUCACUGGGGCGUGCGUCUGCACCGAUGGCUACCAAGGAUGGCGCUGCGAGGAGCUCUGUGAACCCGGUUACUAUGGAAAGGCUUGCCAACUGCCAUGCCAGUGUCUCAAUGGAGCCACCUGUGAUCAUGAAACUGGUGAAUGCAUCUGUGCGCCAGGCUACACGGGUGCCUUCUGUGGAGAACGCUGUCCCUACGGCAGUCAUGGGCCACAGUGUGAGCAAGGGUGUCCCUGCCAGAAUGGAGGCACGUGCCACCACAUCACCGGAGAUUGCUCCUGCCGGGCAGGGUGGACGGGUUCUGUAUGUGGCCAGCCAUGCCCAAUUGGCAAGUACGGCAUCAACUGUAGUAAAGACUGUUCCUGCCGCAAUGGCGGCCUGUGUGACCACAUCACGGGCCAGUGCCAGUGUGCAGCUGGCUUCAGCGGCCGCAGGUGCCAAGAUGACUGUCCUGUGGGCACCUACGGUCCACAGUGUAACCAAAAAUGCGAGUGCCACAACGGAGCCAAGUGCCACCACAUUAAUGGAGCUUGUCUAUGUGAAACUGGCUUUAAAGGGCCAAACUGCCAGGAGAGAUUCUGUCCCACAGGCCUAUAUGGUCUUAUAUGUGACAAGUACUGCCCGUGUAACGCCACCAACACUGUGAGCUGCCACCCGCUUUCUGGAGAAUGUACUUGCACUCCAGGAUGGACAGGAAUUUACUGUAAUGAGACAUGCCCGCCUGGCUACUACGGGGAGGGAUGUAUGCUGCCAUGUAGUUGUACCAAUGGAGCCGACUGCCACCCGAUCAUUGGUACUUGCAUGUGUGCGCCGGGCUUUAUGGGCGAAGACUGCGCAACUGAGUGUCCUCCUGGUUUGUUUGGACCUAGCUGCAUGUCCACUUGCUCCUGCCAUAACCACGCUUCCUGCUCGCCUGUCGACGGAUCCUGCAUGUGUAGGGAAGGCUGGCAAGGGGUAGACUGCACUAUCCUGUGCUCCAGUGGUCUUUGGGGUCUGGCCUGUAAUCAAUCUUGCUUGUGCGCCAACGGUGCUGCAUGUGACCCUGUCGACGGCACCUGUACGUGUUCUCCAGGGUGGAGGGGCGAGCACUGCGAUGAGCCCUGUCCUGACGGCACUUUUGGUCUGGAGUGCAGGGAGCGCUGUGACUGCAGUCACGCGGACAGCUGCGACCCAGUGAGUGGGUAUUGCCGCUGCCACCCAGGCUGGACAGGAAUCCAUUGUGAUAACGUGUGCCCACAAGGCUACUGGGGCAGCAACUGUACGCUCAGCUGCCCGUGUCAGAAUGGAGGCUCCUGCUCUCCUGAGGAUGGAACAUGUGUGUGCGCACCUGGAUUCAGAGGAACUUCCUGCAAAAGAACAUGCUCUCCCGGCUUCUACGGGCACCGCUGCAGCCAAUCAUGCCCGCGAUGUGUGCACAGCACAGGGCCAUGCCAUCAUGUAACUGGCCGCUGUGAGUGUCUGUCCGGCUACUCAGGCCCCUUGUGCAACCAAGUUUGUCCCAGUGGCAGGUAUGGAAGGGCCUGUGCAGAAAUUUGCCGCUGCACCAACAACGGCACCUGUAACCCCAUUGAUGGGUCAUGCCAGUGUUUCCCUGGUUGGAUUGGGCAUGACUGCUCUCAGGCCUGUCCUUCUGACCGCUGGGGCCCAGAUUGCCUCAAUUCAUGCAACUGUCACAAUGGAGCUCAGUGCAGCGCCUACGACGGCGAGUGUAGAUGCGGCCCCGGCUGGACUGGUCUCUACUGCACUCAGCGCUGUCCCUCAGGCUUCUACGGCAGGGAUUGUUCCGAAGUCUGUCGCUGCCAGAACGGCGCCGAGUGCGACCACAUCACGGGCCUGUGCGCGUGUCGAACCGGCUUCAUUGGGACGAGUUGCGAGCAGAAGUGUCCUGCUGGUACAUUUGGAUAUGGCUGUCAGCAGCUGUGUGAGUGCCUGAACAAUGCUACCUGUGACUAUGUAACCGGGACAUGCUACUGCAGCCUGGGAUACAAAGGCAUCCGUUGUGAUCAAGCAUCCCUAAUGAUGGAGGAGCUGAACCCCUAUACUAAGAUUAGUCCGGCCAGAGGGUCGGAACGCCAGUCGGCCGGCGCCGUCAUGGGCAUCAUCUUCCUCCUCCUUAUCAUCAUGGCCAUGCUCAGUCUGUUUGUGUGGUACAGACAGAGGCAGAGGGAGAAAGGACACGAGAUCCAACCAAGUGUGUCAUACUCACAAGCCAUGCAGAUGACCAACACUGACUAUUCUCUCUCUGAGUGUGGCAGCACUGUUGCCAUAAAGACCAGUGCAUCUGAGGUCAAUCCAAAUCCAAGCAGCAGUAGCAGCAGCAGCACCGGGCAGUGCUUCUGUAACCCCAGCUACCACACGGUGGCCCAGUGCAACGUUGUCUCAACCAUCUCCAGCAACCUAGAUGCCACGCUGACCCUCAAAUCCAGCACUCUGAAAAGCCGAAACGGUUCCGACUGGAGAGCCUACUGCAACCUCAAUGAUCUUGAUUUCAUCAAGGGCUCCUUGUGCAACAACAGCCCCUGCUCCCUGAACACUGAGAAUCCCUACGCCACAAUCAGGGACCCGCCUGGGUUGUCGUGCAAGCACACAGAGAGCAGCUAUGUGGAAAUGAAGUCCCCCUCCCACCGCGAAGUGCCCUUCGGGGGCACCGCUACGCUCCUGGGUGGCACAAGGGGGAACAUCUAUGAUGUUGAGCCUACAGUGAGUGUUUUGCAAGGACCCAACGGGAUGGCCACUGGCUUCUCACAGAACCCAUACGAGCGGCCCCGCGGCAGCCACAUCCCAACCCACUAUGACAUUCUGCCUAUGCGCCACAGCCCCACGCACACUUCGCCGCCAUCACACCCGGAGAGCCCCAGCUCCCUCCUUUAG